AUGUCAACACUUGAUGAGAAUCGUGGCGAUGGUUCCGAUUUAGAGACGGCGGAGAAGAUAAUACUCCGGUGGGAUUCAACAACAUGUGAAGAAGCUAAAGAGAAUCUUAUUUUCCAAAGCGGUGGUGAUCGAGAUGAAGUAGAUCGCUACUUACGAGCCGUCGACGAAGUCCAAAGACACAUCUCUUCAAUCUCAGUCUCCGACGAAGUCAAACCAGCCACCUCAACGAUUCAAAUCGCCAUGGCUAGGCUCGAAGACGAGCUGAGAAACAUCUUGAUCUCUCAGACUUCGACUUUCGAACCUGAUUCGCUUCUCCUCGAUUCAUCGCUAUCUUCUUCCUCUUUCGCUUCUUCCUCCCGCACCGAGCUUGACGAUGACUAUAGCGUCACAACUUGUGACGAAGAUGAAGAGCAACAACAGCAACAACAAGUGGAUCUGAGGAUGAUCGGAGCUGGUUACUCACGCGAGUGUCUUCAGGUAUACGGAAACGUUAGAAAAACCGCCAUGGAAACGAUGUUUAAGCAGCUAGGGAUUGUGAAAUUAGGGAUUGGAGAUGUUCAGAGACUUGACUGGGAAGCUGUUGAAGUGAAGAUCAGGAGAUGGAUCCGUGCGGCUAAAGUUUGCGUUAGAGUAGUCUUCGCUAGCGAGAAGAGACUCUGUGAGCAGAUAUUUGAAGGAACCAUGGAAGAGACGACAUGUUUCAUGGAUAUUGUCAAAGGCUCUGCUUUGCAACUUUUCAAUUUCCCUGAAGCUAUAAGCAUUAGUAGAAGAUCACCUGAGAAACUAUUCAAGAUUCUUGAUUUACACGAUGCUUUAACAGAUUUGUUACCUGAUAUGGAAGAGAUCUUCGAUUCGAGUUCGUCCGAGGCUAUUCUUGUUCAAGCUACAGAGAUACAAUCAAGAUUAGCUGAAGCAGCAAGAGGUAUACUCACUGAGUUUGAGAACGCUGUGUUUCGUGAGCCUUCGGUUGUUCCUGUCCCUGGAGGAACUAUACAUCCAUUGACAAGGUAUGUGAUGAACUACCUCAACUUGAUCUCUGACUAUAAAGAAACGUUGAUUGAUCUCAUCAUGACCAAACCAUGCCGGGGUUUGGAAUGUACCAAUGAUAGAAACAAUCCCGAUAUGGAUAUCUCUCAGCUUGAAGGAAUAUCUCCGUUAGCUUUGCAUAUGAUUUGGACUAUGGUGAUGCUUCAGUUCAAUCUUGAAGAGAAGUCUUUGCAUUACAAAGACGAACCUUUGUCUCACAUCUUCGUCAUGAACAAUGUCCAUUACAUAGUUCAGAAGGUGAAAAGCUCUCCGGAGCUAAUGGAGUUGAUAGGAGAUAAGUAUUUAAGAAAGCUUACUGGGAUAUUUAGACAGGCGGCUACCAAGUAUCAGAGAGCCACAUGGGUCAGAGUUCUGAAUAGCUUGAGAGAUGAAGGAUUACAUGUGAGCGGAAGCUUCUCUUCUGGUGUAUCGAAAAGUGCUUUAAGAGAGAGGUUUAAAGCUUUCAAUACAAUGUUUGAAGAGGUUCAUAGGAUUCAGUCGACAUGGGCAUGA